AUGAACUCGAGAACACGUCGCGCAGCCAAGAAGGGAGUGUCCUUCUGCCUCAUGGUGGUGGGAGCGUCCGGUACAGGAAAGACGACCUUUGUCAACACCCUGUGCGAGUCUGACGUCCUAGGCCAUAAGAUCUCUGAUCAGCCGGACACUGCGCAUAUCGAGGAGGGAAUCCGUAUCAAGCCUGUCAACGUUGGUGAGUCUCAUGAGCCGUGACUAGGUGCAGAUGCGAUGGAAUGGUGGUAUUAGCAAGCAGCAAACAGCAAAGGGCCUGAGGACUGGGGCCUGAAAACGUUGCACGGCAACGCGGCUGAUAUGGAGAAGGUACGGUGCUUGCGCAUGUGCGGCCAUCUCCCGCGGUCUUGACCUACUUAAUGCUUGCCCCAUCGGAGGAGUUGGGCGUGGGACGGGAAUACUUGAACUGACCCGGCUUUCGAUCGUUUGACUCUACCUCGCGCAGAGCUGGAAGAGGAUGGCAUGCGCAUUGGCUUGACUAUCGUCGAUACUCCCGGUUUCGGCGAGAACAUCGACAACGAGUACGCGUAAGUGGCAGCAGAUGCGCUGCACAAUCGAGCUGCUAGCUGUGAGGUCAAGUGUAGGCAAGGCUGAUGCGGAGGUGCCCUUCCACCAUCCAAAAUGUCAUCAGUUUUCAAGAGAUCGUUGGAUUCCUCGACAGGCAGUACGAUGAUAUCUUGGCCGAGGAGAGCCGUAUCAAGCGUAACCCCCGCUUCAGAGACAAUCGUGUCCACGCUCUACUCUACUUCAUCACCCCCACUGGUCACAGUCUGCGAGAGAUGGACAUUGAGCUCAUGCGACGACUCAGCCCCAGGGUCAAUGUCAUUCCCGUCAUCGGAAAAGCUGACACCAUGACUCAUGAGGAGCGCAAGGACUUCAAGCGACGUGUAAGUGCCACCUUGCCGAUGCGCGAGAGUCAAGCAUACCGAGUCCAGGUGCUGAGACAAUCACGUACCCCCGCUCGCACUUAGGUGAUGGAAGACAUCGAGCACUACGGAAUUCCCGUCUACAACUUCCCAUACGACGUCGAGGAGGAUGAUGAGGAGACCAUCGCCGACAACUCCGAGCUCCGAGCUUUGAUGCCCUUUGCCGUCAUCGGAUCGGAAGAGGAAGUCGUCAUCAGCGGUCAGCCCGUUCGGGCUCGCACAUACCCUUGGGGUAUCGUCGAGGUCGACAAUCCCAAGCAUUCCGACUUUGCCCGCUUGAGGUCUGCUUUGCUCAGGUGAGUCAACAGUAACUCUCAACAACUAGCGUUGCUCGAGCUGAUCAAGCGUUCUUUGCUACCGAGUGCAGCACCCACUUGACCGAUCUCAAGGAGAUCACCCACGACUUCCUGUACGAGAACUACCGUACCGAGAAGGUGAGUCCGCGCCACACUACUCAAGGUCGUCGGAAUCGAUACUGACAGAGCUCGCAUAUGUCGCUUCGCAGCUCUCGCGUACCGUUCACUCUGACUAUGCCGACACGGCGAUGCCAGCGGACGAGCUGGCAAACCAGAGCGUCCGUCUCAAGGAGGAGCAAUUGCGCAAGGAGGAGGUGAGUACGCGCAUCCUAGCGUGAAACCGGGGAAGACCUCUGACACCAUGACACUUGCUCCCUCAUCGCUCAUCGGGACGCUCUGCAGGAGAAGCUGCGCGAGAUUGAACUGCGCGUGCAGCGCGAGAUUCAAGAGAAGAGGCAAGAGCUCGUUGCUCGUGAAGAGUCUUUGAAGGCUUUGGAAACCAGACUGGCAACGAAUUAG